GAGGGAAGGGCGCAUGCGUAGUGGGAAGGCUGCGGGAGGGUUUGGUCUGACUGCCGGAGACAGCUUCCUUUGGGCCGGCGGCAGCGGCGGUUCCCGGGAGAGCGAGCGAGGCUGGAGGACUCUUCUUUUCAGGGCAAAAGAAUGCAGACGAUAAAGUGUGUGGUGGUUGGAGAUGGUGCCGUGGGAAAGACCUGCCUGCUCAUCAGCUAUACCACCAAUGCCUUCCCCGAGGAAUAUAUCCCCACCGUGUUUGAUAACUACAGCGCUCAGAUGACUGUAGAUGGCAGGAUGGUCAGCCUGAAUCUCUGGGACACAGCCGGGCAGGAGGAGUAUGACCGCCUGCGCACCCUCUCCUACCCUCAGACCAACGUGUUUGUCAUCUGUUUUUCCAUUGGGAGCCCCUCCUCGUAUGCAAAUGUGCGGCACAAGUGGCACCCUGAAGUCUCUCACCACUGCCCAAACGUGCCGAUCCUUCUCGUGGGCACCAAGCGGGACUUGAGAAAUAACACGGAGACGGUGAAAAAGCUGAAGGAGCAGAGCUUGAGCCCCACCACCCCACAGCAGGGCACCUCGCUGGCCAAACAGAUCGGAGCAGUCAAAUACCUGGAGUGUUCGGCGCUGAACCAGGAGGGGGUGAGAGAAGUGUUUGCUGAAGCCGUGCGUGCCGUUCUGUAUCCCGUGACCAAGAAGAACUCCAAGAAGUGCCUUCUAUUGUAGUCGCCGAGGAAAGCAGGCCAAAGACUGAGAGCUUGGGGGGUUUGCAGGUUGUCUCCUUAAUCUAAUUGCAUCUUGCACUAAUGGCUCGAAAGAGAAGUGUCUUGCAGCAAGUACUCCUGCAGUUCAAGUACUGGUUCCGGCGGACUCAAAUGCCCAGCUUGAUUCCAGAGUGAAGGACAAGCCCAUCUGCCAAAUGCUCAGAGUCUCUGCUUCCAUAGUUCUCCACUAACUCCUUCACUGGAUGAGGACUAUGUUUGGGGGCCGCCUUCAAAACAGAGUCCUUUCUCUAUGAUACAAAACCAAGAUACGGUGCUUCCCAAAAGAGACGCUGGUCACUCCUACUUUAUGCGUCGCUGCUGCUUUCCUGGCCGUUAGUCACUCUGGUGUAGUUGGGGCCAUGCCUUUCCAAUAACCAAGUCAAUUUUGUCAUACCAUGUUCAAAACCAACUUCUGAAUUUAUAACAUUUCCACCGUGUAGCAUGCAAUAGCCACUGUUUAUCAUGUGAUACUGACAUCUGAAACCAAUGGGGAUAAGUGACUCCCAAGAGGGUUUUAGGCCUUGCCUCUCUUUGGUGAAAUUGCUUCAGCCCCAUGGACUAGUUCUAGGACCAGGAGGUAGCCCCUCUUGGCUUUCACGGUUAGUAUACUGGGUUUUGUCAUGCAAUUCAUAUUCAGCCAUCUGGCUUCAGAGGCACCCUCACCUAAGCCAUGUCAGUAAGCCAAGGCAUGCUUUUGCAGGUUAGCUUUUCCAUGAAGCCUUUUAGACUGGGUGUGCGUUGUGCACAGCGAGGCUUCCUUCCUUAGCUUGGCAAAUAUGCCCCUCAUUCUGAGAUGAUCCUCUUGCUAUGCCUGCUCUGAGAAGGGACCAUGUUGCAUCCAUACCUGAUCACUGAUAACCCACCCACCCGCUACCACAAUAAGGCCUUAGAUGUAUGAUGGAUAGUUCUUGAUACUGUUGGGGACUUCUUGUACCCAGCUACAGCAUGGGUACUCUUAAAGGAACUCUGGAUUGGCUGGCUGUGAUGUCCUCCAGGCCUUUUGGGCGCUGGUCUGCAUUGGCCCUUCGACACACUCCUCCGUACAUACAUGGUCAGCCUUAGAUCUUGUGAAUGCUCCCACCCCUUUUAACCUGAAAUGCCCCUGUGCCUUCUCUUUUAUAACUCUGUGUUUUCCCUGCAGGAAAUGCUCAGUAACUUUUUGCCUUCUAAACACUGAGGUGUAAAUGGUAUUAAAAUGCUGCACUGUUUUGUUCCUAUUGUUUAAAUCUCCCUUGGGCAUUGGUACCCCAUAUAGGUGCCUAUAAGCAGGGUUUAACUUCCACUGAAUGAUUAACUUUCUCCUCUUGAAAAAGAAUCACCCAACUUUUUAAAAAAUUGCAUCUCUACAAAUGAAUGAUUUGGAUUUCAUCUAGUAGCUUUAAGGAACUUUUGACCUGAACACGGCCAAGUUGAAGAUCUGCAGCUGGGUUAAGCUGGUGUGGAUACCUGACGCUUCAGACUCAUGCCUUUUGGCCAAGGGUAACUUACUUAACUGGUCAGCAAGCUUGUGAAUGAUAGUUCUUGAGGACUUGUUACCUGCUUAUUUCCAUAAGUAGGAAAGGAAAAAAACUGUUGACAAGUAGAAUUCUCUUGCUCUCUUGUGUGAUAGCGGUGAAUUAGUUGUGUUUUGUCCAAUGGUAGUUCUGGUAGCACCCCUUGGCUGUGUGCCAAGGGAGAACAAUCUUUGCCUCAAUCCAGAAUCUUGAUACCAGUGAGCUGUCUCUUGCUCCUGUUGGUGCCAGCUAGGUGGAUGAGUAAUGGACCUGGACUGAUGACAUAGACCAGGUGCAAAUCCAGCAUUGUCCUCAUCGUGGGUGAGCAAAACCAGCACCUAGGAGUUCUGGGAGCAGAGUGAAACUGUCUAGUUUGCUAUAACUCAGAUGUGUCAUCUCUUUGCCCCCACCAAGCUCCUGCCUGAGUUCUUUGCCCUUGAUUGUCCAUUCUCAGGAUAUGGUGGAGUAGAACACUUUCUUGAUGUCUAGGAAAUACAGCUGAUAACAGUUUGGUCUCUACAGUGUGCCUAAAUGCAUUCUGGAUACCAGACAAAUCAUGCUUGUGUCUUGUUCAGUUCUGGUGCCCUCAAACUCAGUAAUGCUGUGGACCGGACUUGGCGAACCAGUAGUUUUGUACACCAGUAUUCUGCUUAGCACAGAAUGUGCGGCUUUUAAAACUGCAAAGCCUUCAGUGUCUGCUUUGUAGAAAUUUUGGUGCUGCAGGGGCCAGCGGGAAGGGCUUUCAACCUCCCUAAUGAAAGGGAUUUCUCUGGGCUGGGCUGGGCUGAGCUGAAGUGGAUGGGUGGGCCACCUGUGCCUUAAUGUGUGAGAGAAACCUGAGACUGCAUGGUACUGAAACAUACACUGGCAACUGAUUUUAUAGUUAAAGACAAAUUUUGUAUGGCAACUAACAAAGUUAUUUUUAAAUUAUGCAGAACUAAAUUGUAAUAAAGCAUUUUCUUGUUU